UUGUGCUUAACGACAACCACUGUUCACUUGAGCCACAACACGCUAGUUACGGUCGUGCCGAAGAAAGCAGAGGCUUUGAUUUAUAAAAAAUUGUUACCAUAAGAAGGCAUGUUUAAGAAUACGUUUCAGUCAGGAUUCCUAUCCAUAUUAUAUAGCAUUGGCAGCAAGCCUUUGCAAAUCUGGGACAAGAAAGUAAGCAGACUUGUGGCAUUGAGUAAGCGUACUAAUGCUCUGUGAGAGAGUUUUCCAAUGUACUUAGCUUAAUUUCUGUAAUUUCGACCUUUCAGGUUAGAAAUGGACAUAUAAAGAGAAUAACCGAUAACGACAUUCAGUCACUUGUUUUGGAGGUCGUCGGAACAAACGUCAGGUAUGAGUUUUAUCUUCAAAAUGAUUCAAAAGUUGUUGAAACCCUUUCAUCGAUCGUAAAGAUCAGCAGUGAAUUAGGGGGUAAUUUUAUAGUAAGCCAAUCCGUAAAGAAGAACAUUGUUAUAUGUUCAUUCUUAUUUAUAUUUUGGAAAUAAUUACAUGGUGCUACUUCGGUAAAUCUUCGUCUUACUCCGUUCUAAAAUGAACUCGUUUUUUCUCCCACUCCAGUACAACUUAUAUCACAUGUCCCGCUGACCCAAAGAAGACUCUUGGAAUCAAGCUACCAUUCCUUGUGAUGAUCAUUAAAAAUUUGAAAAAGUACUUCACGUUUGAAGUUCAGGUAAAUGUGAUAGUUUUCAACUCUGUAUUUUUAAGUUUGACAGAAUUGAAACAUUUGAUAGUUUUAAACAAUCUCAUUUCGCAAAUUCAAUUCAUUUGUUGACACUUCCUGUAGGUCCUGGACGACAAGAAUGUUAAAAGACGAUUCCGCGCUUCUAACUACCAAUCAACCACGCGAGUGAAACCAUUCAUUUGUACGAUGCCCAUGAGGCUUGAUGACGGAUGGAAUCAAAUCCAGGUAGAAUGUUGCUAAAGUAGUGAUCGCAAUAUGUUGUUGCUACGCCUCAGUUGUUUCCUCUAUGAGGUUGCAAACUCACAUCAACUCUAGUUUCUUGUUUGUUAUUCUUUGCGCAUUGGUGUAAGAUUUAAAAGAUACAUUUGUGGCUCUUAUGUACUGGGAGAGGAUAUCCAACAUUAUGUGAAUGUAACCAAUUAUAUAUAUAUAUAUAUAUUUUAUUUGUCAAGUUAUUAGUCUCAGAUUUUGCAUUGCUGAUGUUCUGAUAGGUUUCCUCAUUCUUAGUUACCAGCCCAUAUAAUGUUUCACCUUUUAUGGAAAUUAAUCCCUCAAGUGUUACAAAGCAUAAUUAGUUAAAAAAAAAAAAUUAAAAAAAAAAAGAAAUAGAAGUAAUACUAGUCAGUGCCAUUUGGGGAAUAAUGAUAAAAGCCACAAAGUGUCAUGCAACACUAUUUAAUGUUACAUAUCUUUGAAGUUUCACGUUAAAAUCUUGAAAAAGUGCACUUGACAAAGAUUUUGCUGCCUAGAAUGAGGAUGACCCACAAAUUUGGCUGGUACAAGGAUUACGCAUGAGCUGAGGGUCUGUUUCUGAAAUUUAUUUGCUCUUGCUUUCAAUUAAUAAAUAUGCAUUGGCAGCCAUAAUAUUGACCUCCUCUGGUUGCUACCUCAUAAGGAAGUAUUUGUUAAUGUGCACAAUGUGUGUGGGUAGGGUUGAAAUUUUUAAACUAGGAAAUAAUAUUUGUCUCAGUAAGUUCAUAGAUGUACACUAAGGGCACUGAGUUUAGUUCAGCAUAUUCAAAGGGGCAUCAUUCUUUGCUGUUCUACUGAACAUGUGAUGGUUGAUAAAGUGGAAGACAAAGAUGGAAAAUAAGUACUUUUGAAUCAAUGCCAACAUCAAUGUCUGGCUUUAACAUGUUACUCAAACAUGUCCCAGAAUGCAAGAAAUUACAUCUCAGAGAGUCUCAAAUUUCAAAUUUUUUGGGAGAGCAUGUGGACCCAGACCCCCUGGAAGUGAUUGUGGCUUUGUAACAUGCCAGGCUUGCUAUGCAAGCAUUUUUCAAUUCAGCUGCCCACUCAGUUUAGAUCAUGCAUCUAGAAAAUUUACUGAUUACAACCUCACAUCUGGUCUUUAUUUAAUAAAAAAUAAAAUAAGUGUUUCUCGUGUCUCAUUUUAACUUUUGAAGAAGCACUCCAGUCCUCAAUUGGAGGAAUGAUUGUAUGUAAUUGAGUGUGUUAUUUUGUGUUAUUUUAUAAUGUCUAAUAACAUUGCUUAGAGUAUUUUGUCCACAGUUUAAUCUUUCAGAUUUUACAAGACGGGCUUAUGGUACAAAUUACAUUGAAACACUUCGAGUUCAGGUAUUAGCCUUAGAUAGAUAAGAGACAAAUGCAUUUCCUGUCAUGUUAAUUUUAUCCUUUAAACCCAGUGGAAUCUAUCUUGGUAGAAAAACAUUGAGAAAAGGGAAUGUAGUUCAAUGGUUUGCUAUUGUAUAUUUACUUAUUUGGCUUCUUUAUGUUUAGAGACCUCAAAUAAAGUGUUUAACUCCUUGCAAUAUAAAAUAAAUAUAUAGCCAACCUUCUGUGUCACCAAUGUACCAGCCAGUUCAAUUUUUUAAUCACUCUCAUGGUGUCCAAUUUGCAAAAAAAACCCUGAACUGACAAUCAUUAGGUGUAUAUUUUCUGUAUUUUACUUCUAUAAUUGUUAUUAUUUUCACAAUAUGGACACUGUGAACCUAACAUUCAAUUUACACAUCUGACAUUUAAUUAAAUUUUCUUUCAUGCCUGGCAAUACACUCAUCACUUACUAUAGACAAUACUGUUUUUACAUUGAGUACAAUAUUUAAAGAGUUAAGGUACGUACUUCCUCUUGAUGAACGUUGGCAGGGCAUUUUUUUUCCUCCAGUGUCAUCAGUUCCUCAGCCUUUUCUAGUUUUUUUAGAUAAUGUCAAGCUCAUUUCACUUUUUUAUGUUUUCUAUGUGAAUGCAUAACUGCAGAUCCACGCCAACUGCAGGAUAAGACGAGUUUACUUUUCCGACCGCUUGUACUCAGAAGAUGAACUACCAGCAGAAUUCAAGCUUUACUUACCAGUGCAAAAAAAAUAAAACCAAGGUAAAUCUAGGUAUAUGACUUUGUAUAGAUUUUUAGUCUAAAGCUUAAGUAAGAUGAUUUCUUAUUAUUGAAUUGUGUGUUGGGUGACUGUGCAUGGUUUCCACACAAAUGGUGCACACACAUUAAAUCAAAGUGACACCUUUUGUCAUUGACAAAGGGCUGCUAGUGUUGUAAACUUUACUAUCAAUCCCCAAAUAGGAAAACUGUGGUUCUCUUUUUUGUGAUAUGUAUUAUAAUUAUAAUUUGGCUGGAAUUCAAGGCCAAUGUUGAGGAAAUUGAAUUAAUUAAUUGGUGGAGUCAUACCAAACCUAAAAGUCUGUGCUGAAUUAAACAUGUUUUUAAGUUAAGAGUUAACAGGAAAUUAUUAAUUAAAAAUGUAUUCCUUAAGUACAGGCUGUCUAUGCUGUUGAGUCAGUUAUGAACCCUCAGUGACCAUUGUGUAGCCACAACUAACAAAUUAUUUUCAUCAACCACAGUUUUUACUUAUUUGACAUAUGACUUUUAUUCUUGCAGGCUUAAACCUGACUGAUGGAUUUGGGGGUUUUGGGGAGGAAAAAUUUUUGGAUUUGUUGCUGAAACAGCCUGUAAUUGCUAUUAUUCUUCAAUUAAGCUUUCAUUUGCCUUUAAAAAGGGACAUAUUCUUGACAAAUCAGUUUCUAAGAGUAUUCUGGAGCUUUGUUUUAGGCUUAUGAUUCAAUAGACUUGAAGAGAAUCUUUUGUUACUAAGAGUAAAUAACUCUAACAAUCAGUCGAGUUGUCUGAAAAUUGGAUAUUUUUGGCUGUACUGUUUACUCCAACACUGAUCACUCCACUCAUUGUUAUCAUUGUAAGUAUAUAAUUGUAAAAAAGAAAAUAAAUUUACAGUGUAUAAUCAC